UAAGUUUGGUAAAAGCUCAACGGGGUGACCUCCCAGUAAACCAGGCGUGUUUAGGUUGCCUUUGCGAGGCAAUCUCAGGCUGUGAUUUAAACAAGAAAUGUUCCGGAGAUGUCUGUGGUCCAUUCCAAAUGACAUGGCCCUACUGGGCUGACGGUGGAAAGCCUACUAUCAACAAAGAAUCUCCUGACUCACCCACUGCCUACGCUAAUUGUGCUAAUGAUCCUUAUUGCGCUGCCCUCGCUGUACAAGGAUACAUGAGCAAAUACCAACAGGAUUGCAACGGCGAUGGAAAAAUCGAUUGUGAUGACUUCGCAGCAAUUCACAAAAUCGGAGGCUAUGGAUGUCGUGGUGUAGUACUUCCUGACCCAUACAACUCAAGAUACCAACAGUGUAAAAAAAUUGUUGGAGGCGCUACGCAAGGCUGAAUGAGACGUUCUCUUAAUUAAAUUAAGGUCAUCGUGAUUCGCAAUUUAAUCGUUUAAUUAGUCGGACGUUUUAAAGUUUGAAACUUGGUUGUAAUAAAACAUUAAGUUAUGCUUAAUUUAUAUAAUUAAUUACGUGAUGCUGAUGUAAACGGUAGUGCAUUCUCAUGUCGUAAAUAAUAAUUACAUUAUUUGAU